GUCUCAACGUCAGUGGUCACGUGUCAUCUACUACGAUUCGCUGAAGUUGGAGAAAAGUUUGACAAUCCUGCAGCAGCACCGAAGAUCCUCGAGAAACAGAGACCUGCUCAACUAAAGACCCGGGAAAACACACACACACACACACACACACACACAUUACAAACACUUCUUUAUCUCGGACUCACGAUGGACUCCGUCACCCAGAAAGUGCUUUCUUCCGGAUUCAAUCUUGACUUGGGACCACUGAAAGAGCCGUUGGCAUUCAUCCGGGUGCUGGAGUGGGUGUUCGCCAUAUUUGCCUUUGCGACAACUGGAGGCUACAGCGGCACUACCAGCAUCAACAUCACGUGCCAAGGAGGUCUAAACCAAGAGAUAACUGCAGAGUUUAACUAUCCGUUCAGGUUGAUGCAGCAUCCUUACACUGUUCCUGACUGCAAUGUCAAUAAAACUACCUCUACGAGCUACCUGACUGGAGACCACACAUCAUCUGCACAGUUUUACGUCUGUAUCGGAGUGUUGGCCUUUCUCUACAGCACUGCCACGCUCGUCCUCUAUUUGGGCUAUCAGCACUUAUACAGAGAAUCCAGCCGUGGCCCCACUUUGGACCUGUUGGUGACUGCAGCCUUGGCCUUCAUGUGGUUGGCAUCAUCCUCUGCUUGGGCUAAAGGCUUGUCCGAUGUGAAGUGGGCCACCAGUCCUGUAACCCUUGUAAGUCAGAACAAGGUUUGCGGUUCUGUCAACAAGUGCAGCCCAGGUGCUAUGCCUCACAUGGGCCGACUAAAUGCCUCUGUGAUUUUUGGGUUUCUUAACCUCAUCCUGUGGGGCGGCAACUGCUGGUUCAUUUACAAGGAAACACCUUUCCACAAAUCAGCCAGCCAGCCUGCAGAUGUGAACGAGGGAGUCAGGCCAUCGUAACUGCACAGCUUCCUCAUUUCAGAGUCGUCUAACAUGUAGUGGUAUUGAAUGAAUCAUUUUGGUACUAAUUUUUUUUUGUUUGUUUGUUUAAAUACUGAUGAUUACAAGAUUUCCAAAAAAGACUGAACCUUCUUU